AUGUCGACCAACCCAUCCGGCAACUCCUCCGACGGCGGUUCCGCCCAGGCAUCGCAGUCAGCCACUUCUCCUUUCUCACCCCACGCCACAGCUUUUGGUCCCGCCUCCAGCAUCAACCUGGGCGCUUCCAGUCGUAUUCAUGGUCUAGCCUCUGAUGGCCAGUCAAUUAGCAGUCGUGCUAGCUCCUUUGCAUCAUCAGCUCACGAUCACCCAACAUCUACCGGUCCCAAAGGCAUCUCCAUAUCUUCAUCAAACCAAACAGCUGGGUCCCAUCUCUCUGGAUCUCCUUACACCAGCGCUAAUGCCUCACCCCCUUCCGCCGGUCUCUAUGGCUUUGGGGAUCGCAUCAGAAAUAGCAGUGGCCACUCAAGACAGAGCAGUGCAGGCGGUGCCUCCAACUUCUGCACCACUUCUGCAGCCGCUGCAGCUUCCGCAAAUGCUUUCAACCACGCCUCUUUAGCACUACGCCACUCACAAUCUCCUUUACCUCAGUCUAUGACCGGUCGUAACAAUUUGGCACCUGCGCCAACCGACUUGUUCAAUCAAUCGCAAUCUUCAGGCUUCAAUGGUCGCUCGCCAACGUCCCUCGUGCCUCCUUUUACUGGCCACGAACAACGUCGUCUGUCAUCAUCAUCCGGUGUUCGCACUGAUUCACCCUCCCUCGCCCCACCUUCGCAGGCUGGACUUGCCGGCGCUAGACCACCUUUCGGACGCCAAUCCUUCUCCGAUGGGCCUUCCAGUUCUACCACCAACCUCCUCUCCGCUGAUUCGGCGACCUUCUACAGCGGCAACAACUAUCCGACUGGAGACGCAUCCAACCCGUUAUCUGGCAAUCAAGCAUCUGGCAACUUUGAUCCGACUUCCGGCCUGGCCGCACCGGCACCGAGCACUGGCCCCCUCUCUGCAUCAGAUCCGCGUACGCAGCUGCUUGUUUCCAACCUCCCCUAUCGCGUCCGAUGGCAAGACUUGAAGGAUCUCUUCCGCAAAGCCGGAACUGUUCUUCGCGCCGACGUCUCGCUCAGUGCAGACAACCGAAGUCGGGGUUACGGUACCGUCCUCAUGGCAACCGAGCAGGAUGCUAUCAAAGCUGCUGAUAUGCUCUGCGGCUUCACCUGGCAAGGGAGGACGCUCGACGUUCGCGUCGAUCGCAGCGGUACCCUUGUCGGUGUAGCUGGCAGUGCUGUCAUGCCGACACUCGCCACCAAUGGUCUUGGCAAUGGUGCCAGUCCGUCACCAAUCCACAUCGGGAACGGUUCGAGCCAGUUCCUUGGCGUGCCGUCCGGUUUUGGUGGUGGUGGCAGCAAUCACAGUUACUCUCCUGGCUCCUUCACCGGUGCUGGCUCGCCAAAUGCGCUUUCUCCUCUCGCUCGUGCUGUCGAUGCUUCACAGCCCAUCUCCACUCGAGCUUCGUUCUCCACGCUUCCCGAAGCGAGUCUCGGUGCUAGCAGCGGCAAUCAAACUUCCGAGUUGGAGCGAGCCAUGUUCCAAACCUCCGGCAACGACACUCCCAAUCGUCAGCGGCCUGGGUCUAGCUUUGAUUCCGGCUUUGGAGGUGUUCCAGUGCAACAUCGUACCAUAUCUGCCGUGCAGUCGCUUGGCGCGAAUCCGAUGGGCUCGCGCAGAGGUUCUGAUGUAGGCGGAGGUGUGGGAAUGGCCGGCCUCUCGCCUGCUCCCGGGUUGUGGGGGACCGGUGCGAAUGAUGUAGCUUCCAGCCUCUACUCAUCGAACGCCGGAGGUUCGUCGGUGCCUACAGGUUUUCCGGGCGCAACUGCGAUGGCACCUUGGCCACAAGGACCCGGCGCACUUGGCAACCCAGCCAUGGCAUCGAUGCAGUCGCAACCAUUCAACUCUCAGAUGCCAACGACAUCAUAUGCCGGUCGAGUGCUGUUUGUUGGAAACUUGCCUUUCCACUGUCAAUGGCAGGAUCUCAAGGAUCUUUUCAGAGCUGCGGGCAACAUUCAGCGUGCAGACGUAGCUAUUGGUCCUGAUGGUCGAAGUCGAGGUUUCGGCACGGUCUUGUUUGCCUCGCAAGAGGAUGCGCAGAAUGCUGUGCGCCUCUACCACGGUUACGAGUACAGCGGUCGAACGCUCAAGGUGCACUUUGAUCGCUUUGCAGCACAGAGCGGUCCUGCCAUCGGCACGCCGGGCAAUCCGGCUCAGUAUACUGGUGCAUUUGCAGCUGCUGCUUUGCCGUCCCAUAUGACCAACAACGUGCGUGCACCGACUCUUGCUGCUCCGAUGCAAGGAGGAGGCUUUGGGCAGCAACCUUACCCUCAGCAACAACAGCAAAGAGCCGGAGGAGCAUUCUUGCCGCAGCAGCAACAGGCGCAAGCACCCUUCGGUCAGGCCGCAUUCCAAUCGCAGAACCAAGCAUCACUUGGAUACGGCUCGCAGUACCAGCCUUUGAUGCAACUCCAGCAGCAGCAGCAGCAGCAGCAGCAACAGAGGUUCGGCCAACAGCAACAACAACAACAGCAACAGCAACAGCAGCAGAUGGCCCCUGGCUUCUCCGCUUUUGGCGAUGCAGGCAGAGUGCUUCAGAGUGCAUCCUCUCAACCAUCGUUCUCCAUGUUUGGCAAUGCUUUAAACGGCUCACGUCAGAAUGCCGAUGGUAGCACGGCCUCAGAUCGCUGCGAAUCGACUGUCAAAUCAUUUGGCCUAUUUGCAUCUGCAGAGUCAAGCAACAACGAAGAUGUGACAUCAGGUUCAUCUGGACGAGAGAAUAACUAUGGCAUGUCUAUCACGCUUCCCGCCAAUGGUUUCGGUGCGGCGUCGUCUUAUUUGCCAUCAGAUCUCAUGUCGCCCGGUCUUGUCUCACCACCAGCUCCGACAAACUCGCAGCACCCGGGACGCAUUCAGCUGCCUUCAUCCAACUUUGCCAACAGUUUUGGUACUGCGAUAGGUGGCGCUGUGCAAGGAGAGCAAAUGAGCCCCAUGACGGCACGCAUGCAUGUGCCCAUGACACCAGGCAUGCCAGGCUUCACGUUCCACCAAGUCCCUGAGACGCCUCCUCUAUACCCGCAAUUCUUGAGUCCAGGCAUCGGUCCAUUCAGUCCCGACGCUGGUGGAAACACGCAGAUGGGUGCUGGUGUAGCUGCCGCCGCCAACGCAGCUCAGAAUGGCGACACGGGUGCCAACAUGGGUGACUACAUGAACGCUGCUCCCGGUGCGCCUGAUGGAUAUAAUCCUAUGUUCCCCAUGUCUGGGGCCGGGUAUGGUCAGCAGCAGCCUGCAACUCCUCAUUGGUCACAGCCUUCUGGACCGCGUAGGAUCAAUCCCACUCGACAGUCGACAGGAAUGUUUGGGUCGAGUGCGUUGGACACAUCGUCAGACGAAGUGGUGGAUGAUGUGCGAGGUAAUAUUGCAAAGACGCCUGGUGCCGGGCCAAGAAGGCCAUCGUAUGCCGCUGUCAACCACGACGAGGAUGGAGCAGCAGUAGGCGGCGCUGGCUCUCAUUCAAUGACUCGUCGAGCAUCCGAUGGAACGCCAGGUGGGCUGGAGCCUUCGAUGGAAGAUGGCUAUCCGUUCCCGAUGGUCGCUGCUGGCAACGUUUCGCAUCUCACACGAAGAGCUUCUACUAAUUCUCCUGCUGUAACACCACUCGCUUCGGUUCCUUCAGGCGGGACUUCUCGAGGCAGCGCUAGCGGCGGCAGUGGCAAGAAUGACUCAGCUGCAGCUGCCACAGGACAAUCCACCACCAGUGGCAUGCCGGCAGGAGAAAGCGCCGAAGAACUCGCCAACACCAUCGCUAGACUCAGCGUCAAAGGUACGGCCCUAGUAAAAGACUCGCGUCGUAGUCACAGUAUGACAGCGGAAAGAAGUGCGGCUGCUUCAGCUAUGGCAAAGUUGCGUGAGAAAGCUGAUACGCCCACCCCACCUGCUCAGGACGAAGCUUCAACGGGCUUAGGCGCUCCAUUUGGCGCUCCCAUCAAGCCCAGUCCGCUCGCUUCUCAGCAGCAAAGUGGGGGAAAGGAAGAUCCAGUGGAGAAACUGUUAGGGCUUCGAAUGUCAAAUUCCGUCCUGGAGGCAGCUAGGAAUGGUUCAGCGUUAGACACAAGUUCGGAUGCUGGAGGAAGUAGAAAGAGUAGUCCUCGAGAUGAGAGUGGACCCGGUGUCUCGCAAACGUAA